GGGGCGCGGGGCGCGGGGCCGGCCGGGCCGGGGCGAGGGCCCCGAGCGCAGCGCCUUCCCCGGCGGAGGGCGGCGCGAGGGAGGGAGCGAGGGAAGGGAAAGGCGAGCGGGAGCUGCCUCGAAUGCCUGGAAUAAUUCCGCUUCCGUUUGGAAAGCCGCAGCCUCAGUCCCGCCGCGCCCGCCCAGCUGCACUCGGCGUCUGACCGGCCCGCGGCCGCCCGGCUCCCCGCAGCGCCAUGGCCACCUCCCCGCAGAAGUCGCCGUCGGUGCCCAAGUCCCCCACUCCCAAGUCGCCCCCGUCCCGCAAGAAAGAUGACUCCUUCUUGGGGAAACUCGGAGGGACGCUGGCGCGGAGGAAGAAAGCCAAGGAGGUCUCAGAGCUUCAGGAGGAGGGUAUGAACGCCAUCAACCUGCCCCUCAGCCCCAUCCCCUUUGAGCUGGACCCCGAGGACACCAUGCUGGAGGAGAAUGAAGUUCGCACCAUGGUGGAUCCAAACUCACGCAGCGACCCCAAACUUCAAGAACUGAUGAAGGUACUAAUUGACUGGAUUAAUGACGUCUUGGUGGGAGAGAGAAUCAUUGUGAAAGACCUGGCUGAAGAUUUAUAUGAUGGACAAGUGCUACAGAAACUUUUUGAGAAACUGGAAAGUGAAAAGCUGAAUGUUGCUGAGGUCACCCAGUCUGAGAUUGCUCAGAAGCAGAAGCUGCAGACUGUCCUGGAAAAGAUCAAUGAAACUCUGAAACUCCCUCCCAGGAGCAUCAAGUGGAAUGUGGACUCUGUUCAUGCCAAGAGCCUGGUAGCCAUCUUGCACCUGCUGGUUGCUCUGUCCCAGUAUUUCCGGGCACCAAUUCGACUUCCAGACCAUGUUUCCAUCCAGGUGGUUGUGGUCCAGAAACGAGAAGGAAUCCUCCAGUCUCGGCAAAUCCAAGAGGAAAUAACUGGUAACACAGAAGCUCUUUCUGGAAGGCAUGAACGAGAUGCCUUUGACACCUUGUUUGACCACGCACCAGACAAGCUCAACGUCGUGAAAAAGACCCUCAUCACGUUUGUGAACAAGCACCUGAACAAACUGAACCUGGAGGUCACAGAACUGGAAACGCAGUUUGCAGAUGGGGUGUACUUGGUUCUGCUGAUGGGGCUCCUGGAGGGCUACUUUGUGCCCCUGCACAGCUUCUUCCUGACCCCGGAUAGCUUUGAGCAGAAGGUCCUGAACGUCUCCUUUGCCUUCGAACUCAUGCAAGAUGGAGGGUUGGAGAAGCCGAAGCCACGGCCAGAAGACAUCGUCAACUGUGACCUGAAGUCCACGCUGCGGGUGUUGUACAACCUCUUCACCAAGUACCGGAACGUGGAGUGAGGGACGGACCGCCUAUCCUCCAGUCUUCCUUUCCCUGCUUGAUCCUGUCCCCCACGCUCGGUCCUCGCCCACAAGUCCAGCUUCAAUCCAGGGAUUGUGGGAACCAGAAUCAGGAAGGAAAUGAUCAAUAAUUCAGUGUGACAACGGACACUUCCCAGGCCCUGGGGCUGACCCCACAACAGCCUGGGGAGGGUGGGCACCAUCCCAAGGCCAGGUCCACGUUUCUCUUCAGUUUGAUUUGGGAACCCACACACAUACCUACGUAAGAUGAAAAUAAAGAUAAUCUUUAGUCCUGAAUGAGUGUGUACCAGGUGCCACAGUAAAGGCACCUGUAUCAUCCAACACAUUCUCAUGACCCCCAAUAAAGCUGGUAUUUCAAUCCUUUCAAACAAGAAAACUGAGGCUCAGAGAGGCCAAGUGACUUGCCAGAAGCUGGUAUUUGUUUUUUUUUCCUAAGUAACAUAUUUGUUAAUAACUAACCAAUGAGAUCACUUUCUUUGCCCAUUGUCUAGUUGUGUGAGUCUGUGCACUCGUCUGUCUCUUCAAGGACAGCAGCCCCCUGAGUUCACCACCAGCCAGGCUAGUGAUUCGCACUGAAAUGGGCAAAUCAGACAUAACCCAAUUAAUAGUGUGUGUGUGGCUGGAGUCAUGUCCCUCAACUCCUUUGUACAAAUGAAAAUUACUCUUAAUUCCUUCAGAUUUGUAAUAACCCCAUUCUCUGGUUUCAGGGUGACAUUUGGGAAGAAUUCUGUUUAAAAUUAAUGGAGUGGCACAUUUUGUAGUCUUUUUGCUUGAUUGCAUGUAAUGGAAAUGCCCUAUAUUUUCCUGCAAAAUAAGUACUCAAUUCAUUAUCGUUAGGCAAAUGUACAAUCUACUCAGGCACAGCAGAGAGCCGGGCACAGGCCCACGUGAGCAUGGUUUGGGAAGUAGGGCUCUUCAACAGGGACCCUUGAACUGUAAAGAAAGCAACUCCUUUUGCCUUCUAAUUGAUCAUUUAGACCAUUUCUGGCUCCGUCUGCCCACAUGCAAUUACCAGCUAAUUCAGGCAAGAAAAAAAAAUCUAAGUCAUUUAGACCCAAGCCAAGCAGUUUCCUUGUGUGGGUUACUCAUAGGCUUGCGGUUGCUUUUAUCUCCUCUAUAUGAACCCAACUUUGAAAAACAAGGCAAGGUACUAGUUGUCCGACAGGGAUCGAAAAGGGGCUGGUGUAGGAGUAACUGGGGGACAUGAAAUUUGGGAGAAAUAGUUGCUUAGUUAACAUAUAGGAGAAUUUUGAGAUAGAAGGCCGGAGGUGUAGACUUAACACUUGUCUACACAAAUUGACCCAAGCCUUGGGAUGAAUCGUUUAUACUGAUAUUAGAUUUUCAUUCUAGAAUGUUCCUAAAUAUGCCAGAUGGACACCAGCCUGCACGCCCACUUCUAAAAGUCAGCCUGUUUUGUCACUACUUUUGGCCCAUUGCACAAAGCUCCUGUCUACUUUGAGGAAUUAAUUCUGAGCUCUGAUUUUACCACCCAAAGUUAGGACACCCAUAUUGUCCAAGUCAGUUCUGUCCAGCUUUCCAACAUUCCGUACUUUACAGCCUAUCUGCAGUAACUCAGAACCCAUAACACUUAGGGAAACUAUUUCUUUGGCUCUUGUUCUCUAGAAUUGUUUACUCUGUUAGCCUAAUGAACCUUGAGCUGUAAAGACAGUGUUUAAUCUUGUACCAUUUUAUGUAAAAGAAUACAAUUCUGUUUUACAUAAUUACUGAAAUAUUACCUUUUUUCAUUAGUGAAUAUUAGUGUAAUGUUUCUGUUUGCUUACUUAAAUUUGUGUUAGCAAAUCAAGAGAAAUCAUCACUUUGUCUCCUUGGAAAAUACUGACAUGGGAUAAAAUAACAAAAUGCACUCAUAGAAACACGCUUUGCUGGAUGAA